ACUCGUAUUCCUGAUCGCCCUGCGAAUCCCAGUGCUGAGUACCUUCAGAAUGAAGGCCAGGUAUACCUCCUACGAUACCCAAUGCUCACCGGAACGGCCCACCACUUCUCGGUGAUGAUCGACCUCCGGGCCCAGUCCGAUGACCUCAAUGUGACAGGCUUGGAGUUCCACCUCAUCAAGGGAGACUCUCAAUCCGAGAAGGUCCGACUCUACUACUCCUAUCGGACCAGGGGAAGGAACAUCUACAAUCCCAUCAAUGUGGGAAAACUGGGUCAAGUCCUCCAGAAUGACGCCUGUCCAUAUGGUCCAGUCCAGAUCCUGCAAGACCACGAGAUUGUAGCCUGGGUCAGCCUCAGAUUCUCCAACUUCAUCAAAUCGUACUGCCACCAAGAUAACCACUGGGGUGUCCAAUGCAACUGCCAGACGUUCGCAAGGAGUCUCAUUGGUGACUUAGGUCUCCAAUGGCCAGCCGAUGUCCAAGUAACAAGUGUGGAGUAUCCAUGGGUGAUGCAGUGGGCGGAGCACUUCAACAAGGGAAGGGUCAGAUCCCACCGGUCUACCUCCAAGACCUGCUCCUUG